AUGAGCUUCCAACAGCAGUACGACCAGUACCAGGGCCAGCAGCCCGGCGAGCAGGGCCCCAACCCCAACGUCUCGCAGACCGACCUCGGCCAGCCUAUGGACCAGUCCGGCGGCUUCCCUCCCCAGCAGAUGGGUCCUCCUGGCAGCGCCGGCCCUGACGGCAACGGCCAGGGUGCCGGCAAGACCACCCUCUGGAUGGGUGAACUCGAGCCUUGGAUCGACGAGAACUUCGUGCGCAGCAUCUGGUACAACAUGGGCGAGACCGUCAACGUCAAGAUGAUCCGCGACAAAUUCUCUGGCAGUAACGCUGGAUAUUGCUUCGUUGACUUCGCCAGCCCUGACGCUGCGUCGAAGGCCCUCAGCCUCAACGGCCAGCUCAUCCCCAACUCCAACCGCCCUUUCAAGCUCAACUGGGCCUCUGGUGGCGGCCUCGCCGACCGAAGCCGCGACGAGCGUGGUCCUGAGUUCUCCAUCUUCGUUGGAGACCUUGGCCCCGAGGUCACCGAGUUUGUCCUCGUCCAGCUCUUCCAGAACAAGUACACCUCCACCAAGUCUGCCAAGAUCAUGUCCGAUCCCAUCAGCGGCAUGUCGCGCGGUUACGGUUUCGUCCGUUUCGCCAACGAGGAGGACCAGCAGAAGGCCCUUACCGAGAUGCAGGGCGUCUACUGCGGUAACCGCCCCAUGCGCAUCAGCACUGCUACUCCCAAGAACAAGAGCGGAGGACCUGGUGGACCCGGCGGCAUGAACAUGCAGCAGGGUGGCGGUGGCCCUGGAAUGGGCAUGUACUCCAUGGGUGCUCCUCCUAUGGGCUACUACGGCGCUCCCCAGCCCAUGAAUCAGUUCACUGAUCCCAACAACACCACUGUCUUUGUUGGCGGACUCAGUGGGUACGUCACUGAGGACGAGCUCCGCUCUUUCUUCCAGGGCUUCGGCGAGAUCACCUACGUCAAGAUCCCCCCAGGCAAGGGAUGCGGUUUCGUCCAGUUCGUCCAGCGCCAUGCCGCCGAGAUGGCCAUCAACCAGAUGCAAGGCUACCCCAUCGGCAACUCGCGUGUCCGUCUCAGCUGGGGACGCUCUCAGAACAACUCUGGACCUGCCGGCACUCCUUACCGCCCUGCUCCUCCCCCACCGGUCUUCGGGCCCGGCAUGGGCAUGCCUCCCCAGCACCCCGGCUACGGAGGUGGUUUCGCUCCUAUGAAGGUAAGGAACACGCAACCCGCUGCACUGAGCAUCGCUAACAACAUAUCACAGUAA